GCCAUGUUGAGUGUUUUGAUUGGCUCCCUUGGCACUAAGCAGGCUGUGGAAGGGACACCAAAGCUGGCAUUAGGGGUGUGGCCAGAGUGUAGGCACAAUGUACUGCUCCAAUGCCUGAAGCUUUCUGUAGUUGUCUGUGCCUGGCCACAUUUCUAGUCUCUCCCCUCCUCUAGCCUUGGAUGAUAGACAAAUCAAAUCAGUGGAGUGACUGCCUGGCCUCACCUCUAAUCUCUCUCUCUCCAGUCAGAUAGAUAAACAGACAGACGUACUGUAGAUAGAGCUAUCAACGAUGGUGGUCCCUGGCUCUGAACACAUAGAGGACAAGAUGUACCAUCCUCCGGAAGGUUUGCAGAAGAAUGCUCAUGUGCCUGACUUCAACUGUUAUCUGGAACUUUACAAGAAGUCUAUUGAGGAGCCGGAAGUAUUCUGGAAAGAGGUCGCUAGUGAUUUCUAUUGGAAGAAACCUCCUACCGGUCAGAUUCUGCAGUAUAACUUUGAUGUGACCAAAGGGAACAUCUAUGUGAAGUGCAUGGAGGGAGCCAAAACGAACAUGUGUUACAACGUCCUGGACAGGAACGUGAAGGACAAGAACCUUGGUGAACGAGUGGCAUUCUACUGGGAGGGGAACUCACCUGAUCACCACGAGGCCAUCACCUACGGUCAGCUGCUUGGACAGGUGUGCAGGUGUUCCAACACUCUGAAGCAGAUGGGAGUGAGGAAGGGAGACAGGGUGGCCAUCUACCUCCCUAUGAUUCCAGAGCUGGUGUACACCAUGCUGGCCUGCAGCAGGAUAGGAGCUGUCCACUCCAUCGUGUUUGCAGGCUUCUCCGCUUGAGUCUCUGUGUGAGAGGAUCAUGGAUUCCCAGUGUAGUAUCCUGGUGACUGCAGGUAAGAUA